AAAUCCAGACCGGCCCUUCUAAAUAUAAUUUUUUCCACGUGAUUUGAAGGAGGGAAGAGUAUAAAAUAGAGGACAGUGAAAACAUGCUUUCACUUUUCCACUUACUGCCAUGCAUGCGUGCUAACUGCGUUUAUGUGUAGGAACACCUUCAAGCUGAAAUGAUCUAAUGCAAAUGUUCUAGUAAAAGUCAACCAACAUCAUGAGUUGUGUAUGGUGUGCAGACGAAGGACUUGCAGUCACAUUAAUUAAAGCGUUAUCUGUACCAGACGUAGCUGAAGAUAUUCUCGGAAAAUGUCUUCCAGACUUGUAUCAUUGCACUGAAUGUGUAAAUGAAUACCAUCGUUUAAAAAAAAGAUGGGUUACCAGUGAGGAAGGAAUUCAGUCUUUACUUGCACUGGACACUUUAAGAUUAAAAGACCAAUUAAAGAAAACUAGAGAAAGCCAAUUAAACUUUACUGAAACAGAUGAAAUGCUGUUAUCCAAUGAUUCACUUUCAUACAUGUGGAGACCAGUUGUAGAAAUGCUGCGAUAUCCGUAUCUUCUUUUAAACAAAGAUAAUAUGGCAUUGUUCCUGGAAGUUCUUCAGUGGGAAAUUAAAAAUAUGGGAAGCAAUUUUAUCGAGCCAUCGGUUAAGUACCCAGGAUUGUUUUUGCUGCUUGUCAAUUCCAUAAAUCAUGUACAGAAUUGGGCAAAAGAUUUGAUCACAAGUAUGGAAAUGAUAUCAAAUGAAACUUACCAUAUAUUCAAACCAGUUCUCAGUUCUUUACUUAGGAUUAUUUUGACAGUUGCUGAUAAUGAAGAUGUUUUUUUCAUCACAGAAACAACUGUUUUACCUGGUCAUAUUUAUGGUUAUACAAAAACAACAAAUUUGUGGAUUGCGUAUGCUGUCAUGUUUAAUUCUCUACAAAACAGAAUUUUAAAAAUGCUUUUAAGUAAAAACAAAGAGUUUUUCACUAAAAUGAUGGAGAUAAUAUCAGAAAAUAACGAUUAUUUCUGGUCAGUGUUAAAAGUUCUUCAGAUUUUAUUGGAUAAGCUUGGUUCUGGGUUUUGGUUAAUUACAAACACAGAAACAGAAACGCCAAUGCAUCUGUAUAAUCAAAUUACAUCAAACCAAAAUUUUAAAGAAUUGAAGGCAAAGUCGUUUAUUGUGGAUUUUGUUGAUGCUAAUGAUACAGUAUCAAAAGAUGAACUAUGCGAUACUACAAAUGUAUACGAGACAUUUGAUCAAUUAUUUAUGUGGUUUCUACCCUUACUGAGAUCAAUAGUUGACUUUGGACAAAAUCACGCAAUAGAUUGUAUGCUAGAGUUUCAUUUAGAAAUACUAGAUACUAGCAAGAAAAGAACCAUGUUCUAUUGGCUGGCAGCAAAAAGCAUAUUUGGAAUUACAUCUUUUCUAUUGGAGAUAAACCAAAACAUGCUUUUUUCAAAUUAUGUAACACAAAUUUCUGAAAUGCUUGUGGAUGUGUGUAAGGUUGGAGAAAAUAUAAACAUUGAAAUUCACGAUUCAGCUGUUUUACUUAUAAAGUCUCUGAUUGGCACUCACCAAGCAUGUUUGUCACCUGAUGUACAGGAAAAGUUUGCAUCUAAUUUUAAUGAUAUGGUUUCAAAAAGAAGAUAUGACAAGAAUUUGAUAAAAAAUGCUAUUGUUGAUAUGUUGAAGACACCCAUCGAAGUCAAAUCGGAUCCAAUCGAUAACAAAAACGACAUAAUGCAACAGAUCAAAAUAAGAGAAGCUUUAGGUAGUGCAAUUGCUCCCAUUGUGAUUGACGAUGAUGAUGAUGAUGAUGAUGUUAAUGAUGGAAAUUUUGAAGGGCAAUUAUUCUACAUUAAUUCUGAUGAAGAAACUGAAAAGGGCGAAGAAAUGGUUGAUGACAAAUCUAAUAUUAAUUUGCUACCAGCAGAGUUCAUUGGUUCCCUUAGCCCUCUGCGAAUUAGUGACGAUGAGCAAGACACCAGUUUUCAAGAAAAAGUGAUUGGAGUUGAUUUUUCAGUGUCAACUAGUUUGAAGGAAAUGGAAAAAGACAAGAAAAAAGCAGAAAUAGAGUCAACUAAAACGACAACAGAAAAUAUGAAAGUGAAUGUAAAAACUGUCAAAAAGUUUAAACUGAAAUUAGACAAAAAUUUGUUGCAUCACCAUAAAACAAAACAUUUGUUACAAAAAGCUGUUGAAGAAAAAGAAAGUAAGAACAUAAAUAAAGAAGAGGACAUUGGAGUAUUCAAAAUGAAUGAAAAUGUAGAACCACCUAAAAAGCAAAGAAAGAGCAGUUUUCCACAGCGUUCCACAAAGCUCAGAAGAGAACUAAUUGAAAAAGAUUUAACAAAUCAAGCAGUUCGAGCUAACGUGGUGUCUUUGCCAGAUAUGAGAGUUCGAAUGCAAUACAAUCUCGCUUCGUUCCAUCAGAGUAUCUUAGGCUGGAAGGCGGAUUGGUUGAUCAAGAAUAACAACGAAUUUGAUAUAAAAGCUACAUUAGAUGCAGUACCAUUAAGCUUCGAAACAUAUGACAGCUAUGUUAAAGUAUUUUGGCCACUUAUGUUACUUGAAACGUGGUCACAAUUAAAAAGAGAUUGGGAAGAUUUGACGCACAAGACUGUGCCCUAUGUGAUCGACGGUAUUGAUGAGCGGAAAUCGUUGGGAAAGAUUUGUCAUAUUCGUUGUUGUUAUUAUGAGGAAAAUCCUGGGAAAUUAAAAUAUGAUGGCUGUCCUUCAGAGGAUGAUUUGUUGUUUGUUGAGUUCGAUAAAAGCGAUGACAAACAGCAGGCAUUUGCCAUUGUUGAUAGAAUUGAAAAAAUUUGGGUUAACAACGCUUCAAAGAGAUACGGUUUAUAUACAUUGUCACUUAAAUUAUCUGCUAUUCCGAACUUGCAGAAAAAUCAAUAUGUAAGCGUCACAAAAAUAACAUCGCUUGUCACUGUGUUCAGACAGUGGAACGCAAUCAUAGGUUUUCAACGUUCGCUGCUCGCUAAAGAUAUCUUAAAACCGUUCAGAGAGAAGACUUUCAAGUUAAAUGAAACUAAAAUUGAAAAAACUUCAAGGUUAAAUAAACUUAAUCAAAGCCAACUUCAAGCUGUUUCCACAGUGUGCAGGGCUGUUUUAGAAACAGAGUUCCCCAUACCAAGAAUUGUCAUGCUGCAAGGCCCGCCUGGUACUGGAAAAUCUUACACGGUGAAAGCGCUAAUUACGCAUCUUUUACAGGAAUUUUGGAAGGCUUCUGAAAAGACCCAACCCAUAAGGAAUAAUACUCGAAAUAGGAUAUUGGUUUGUGCGCCGUCCAAUGCUGCUGUUGAUGAAAUUGCGAAAAGAUUAUAUAGCAGUCCCCCAUGGAGAGAUGAUUCAAAUAAAACUAAAAAUAAAAAUGGAAAUUGUGGCGAUUUUAACUUACUUCGAAUUGGACGUCGAAACCAAAUUGAUUCUGACAUCUAUCCCGCAUCUUUGGAAUAUUUAGUUCAAAGAAAAAUGGAUAAGAUAAAAUCGUCGCAUAAUAAAGCAACGUUACGAAAAGAAAUGGGACAAGUUUCUGCAAUGUUGGAAAAAGUGGAUGAUAUUUGUGUCAAGCUCAAAAUGUCGAUUGAUGCUACUACCAAACAUGAGUACAUCAACAAGAUGGAAGAAAGAACUAAAUUGCAACAAAAGUACGAUCGUCUAAGCAGAGCACUGGAAAAAGCUUCUUGUAGACUGGACUUACCCGAAGAAGAAAGAAAGUGUGAAAUGAACCUUCUGCUUCAAGCCGAUGUUAUUUGUUGCACGUUGAGUGGUGCAGGCUGCAAAGCAAUGAAUAGAGCGUUUAAGAACACGUCGCAAAUUCCUUUCAGAUGUGUGAUAAUAGAUGAAGCUGGCCAAUGCUCAGAACCUGAUGCUUUAAUACCUUUGCAGUAUGGUCCCUCUAAAUUAGUUUUAGUUGGCGAUCCAGCUCAACUUCCUGCUACGGUGCUUUCACAGAGGGCCUCAAGAUAUAACUUUGGACAGUCACUGUUUGAACGAUUGUUUAAUGCUCUGGUGAAGUGUGACAAAAUGCACGAAAAUGACAAGCCAGCUAUAAUGUUGAAUGUACAAUAUAGAAUGGCACCGGAGAUUUGUUCCUUUCCAUCAAGAAGGUUUUAUCAUAAUAUGCUUCAACCAGCCAAAGAACUGACUAACGAAAAAGUUUUGUCGCCAUUAAAACAAUUCGUCAUGUUAAAUCUGGCGAAUAGUCGUGAAAAGAAAAGUGCCUCUGGAGCGAUCCACAAUCCUUGUGAGAGAGACUACAUUAUUGCAAUUUGUCAAUCUAUACUGAAAGCAAACUUUACAAAGUCGCACGCUGUUGCAGUCAUUACACCUUAUCGGCAGCAAGUUAUUUUCUUGAAAAACGAAUUUAAGAAACACAAUCUUGACAAUGUUACAGUGAACACGAUUGAUGGUUAUCAAGGCCAAGAAAGAGAUGUUGUUAUUCUAUCUUGUGUUCGAGGACCAAAUGAACGUAACACGAUUGGAUUUCUAAAACAUCCACAACGUAUGAAUGUUGCAUUAACGAGAGCUAAACACAGUUUGAUAGUAUUAGCUCACUGUGACUCGUUAGAGGUAGACGAAGAUUGGAAAGCUUUAGUUGAUGAUGCGAGAAGUAGAAAGCUUUUAUUUAACAUCGAAAGAGAAGAGGAAGCUGUAAAUUGUAUAUUCUCCGAAAAACAGAAACAUUUCGACAGAGAAACAAGUGAUAAUGACAAUAAACGGGGCAGCGACAUAACUCAAAACGCAGUAAAAACCAGUGGUGUAAAUUGUAAAAUUUUGCCACCGCUUUCCAUUAAUUCAAUAACAGAAAGCAAAAUGAAGGAAGAGAAAAGCAUUAACAAGGUAGGUGCUGCAUUACUUACUGAUUUUGCUGUACUUGAAUCAAGUACUAGCGAUCAGAAGAAGAAGCAAUCUGCAUCAGCAGUUUCUGAGAAAGUUUUAACUUCACAAACUGUAACAGAAUCUGUUAAGAAAACAUCAAGUCAGUCUGAAAUAGAAGUGAAUAGAAACUGCAGUAAAAAUAAAAAACAAAAGUGUAAUACAGCUAUGGAUCGUAGCAAAGUUAUGUUGGAAGAAAAUAAACGAAAUAUUAGUAAAAUGGAACAAAGUUGUAAUAAAGAAGAAAUGAUUACAAAAAAAACUAAAAAGCAAGAAGAUUCAGAAAUACAAAGGGGUGAAUCACAAAUUCAAAUUGCCACUACAGAAAGCGCAGUGAAGAAAGAGAAGUGUAACAAAGCGCAUGAAGAUAAAAUAAGUCAACCAAAUAAACCAAAGAAAAGAAAAAGAAGCAAUUCAGACGAAAGAGGCACUAAAGUUGCAGCUAAGGAAAAUGGCAACGAUCAAACGAAGCAGCAACAGCUGGAGAAGAUACAGGUACCACUUAGCAUUAAAUUGCUGCAAAGGGAACUGGCUGCUGCCAAACAUCCCCUGUACGAAGAAAAGUUAAGAUCUGUCAUUUCCGGGUUGCAACAUUUGGUGAAGUUGAAGCACAACGAUAAUUUGACGGCAUCCCCAGCACAUAAAACGGUUCCAGAUACUGCCACGACGCAACUUAUGUCUAAAACAGUAAAGGCGGAAGACGCGCCUAAAACUCCUCUCACUGUUCUAUCUCCAUGCUCGGCAAUCUCCAAUGAAUCUGGUUGCCCUCGUGGUGACGGUAGCCAAAAAAAGAUUUUUACGGUGAAGUUACCGCAUCGCCAUCAUGACGGAUUUAAAUGCGUUGAACGAUGCAGGAGAUCAGAAAGUAUAGACACGCCAACUGUUUGCUCUCCGUCUUCAAUAUCGAGUGAUUCAAGUGAUCAUAUUCGAUUUCCCGAAACACAUCCUUAUGAAGACGGAACAAAAUCCGCACAGUUAAAAAACCGACGCGACGUGCCAUCGUCGGCGUAUUUUAAAUUUCCUCAUCGUCAUCACGAUGGCACGUACUGUGAACAUGAGUGUAAACGAGUGGUUGAACGUGAAAGAAAAAAAAAACUUUUAAAUGCUCAAAGCCAAAGUCAGAACCAAAGCUGUAUAACUAUUACAAAACCGUGGAGAUUAGAAAAGUUGAUUAUCCAGCAAAAUUCAUAUAAAAACGUGCUUAUACCAUCCAAUGAUCCUCGCAUAGCGUACUUGAGUAAGUCUACUUCAGCUAUUGCGCAAACGAAAUCAAGUAUAGUUGUUAAAGGACAAAGUGCAGAAACAACAUCGCCUCCUUUACCACUCUCUGCAGCUGAGGAGGCAUUGCCUCCAGAACCAGAAGAUCCUAUUGAGAAGCCAUUUCCAGAUCAAAGACCUCCUCUGAACGUAGAUCCUAAAACACAAGACCCACGCUUACGCAAAAAUUAUAUAGUCAGAAACCCUGAGGAACCAAUGGAACUAAGUCCAGUCUUAAAUACACCAAUUGCAGUAAACAUCCCAACGAAGGAUAAUGUUUCGGGUCCAAGCUCUCCGAAUUGUUUCUCAAACGAACGGGCACUAUUUGACUCGCUAAUCCACACUAUACGAAAACAGGUUGGUUUAGGUGAGUCACAAGAAGUCAUUGAUGCGAUUUACACGCAAGGUUUAUUGCAGGGUUUGGUAGACGGGCAGAAAGUGAGUGGCAUGAAUUCCGAAGCAGAUUUAAAUUCUGUACUAAGUUUACUGAAGCUGCAAAUUCUUAAUACAACCGCUCAAUCCAGCCAAGCAGUUAUUAAAGCACGAAGUAUAGGAUUUGAGCAAGUGAAAUCAUUUCAAGCAACUCAACCCGUACAGAAUACAAUACCUAACCCAAGCUGUGAAAGUUUAGUGCAACCAUGCGCAAAUAUGAUUGACGAAGCAAAAAAAUCCAAUGGUAAAGAUAUAUACUGUGACCAACCAUUUUAUCGCCCCGAGAAAGUCUCCAUUCAGCAGCAACAUUCGUAUUGGGACAGUUACGAGCCAAUUAGACCUGCUUUCUCUUUUGAAGAUAUGGAUAACAGCGGUAAUCUUUACUUUAAUGCCGAGCCUCAUAUCGCCACCGACGAGACAACGGAAAGAACGAGAACUGAAUAUUCUCCUCGAUGUAACGAUAAUUACAAACACUUUAAAAAUUUACCGAGUGUACCAAAAGGCGUCGUGAACAAGAAAGGACUACCACAAGGAGUGACUACCAUAAUUGACCAAAUGGAAGGAAAUUUUAGAGGUCGCGAUCAUCGUAAUCGACGUUUUAAUAGAACUAGUAAACGAACUGGUCCGAUAGGUGUCGGUUUCCUAACGUCUAACAUUUCAAAAAGGGACGUGAAAAAUCAAGGUACCUACGGCCAGCGCACGGAUCAGGAUGGAUACUCCAAUGAAAACCGCUUGGCUGAUCCAUCCAUUUAUCAAGAUCGACAUGAUGUUCAACGAGGUUUUUCUAAUACAUCAAGACGUAAAAGACCUAUGACGAAAAGACGUGGUAUUGAUGCUGCUAAAAACGACUCGCGCGAAUCGUUUCCUCAUGAAAAGCGUAGAAGGAGGUAUUUUAGCGCAUCUCCUCCCAGAACAUCAAGAGAUAAAGGUAAUGGAAACAAAAAAGAUUAUGCGCGUAGACAUAAUCAUAAAAAGAACUCAUCAUCAGAUUCUAAUCGUACCUCCUCCCGUGAAAAAGAGCCAGAAAACAAGCUCAUGUUAAAACACGAGCUUGCGAACAAAACACCAUUGAAGGACGAACCUAUGGACGGUACUCAAAUUGUUUCCACGAUAUCAGUUUUAAACCCAGAACUUCCCAGACAACGGAAAGUAAAACAAAGUAGUUGCUCUGAUGAAAGUAGAGAGGAAGGUUUGGUCGUUGUUAUAACAUCAUCGGAUAGUGACAACGAUGGUAAAAUCAGGACGCUUGGUAGACUGCCGAAGCAAAACAAAGCGAAAACUGAUCUUUCUUCACCUCUUCCAACAGUGAAACGACAAGUAAAGUUGGUUAAAACAAGCAAGGAAAACAUUUGGUCAAAAUCCAAAAGUGACAUUCAAAUAACUGUCCCCAUUACUUCCUUCUGUGACAAGAAUUUGGAUGGGCAAGGCAGAACGUAGUGACUCGCUUCACCUUGACAAGAACCGGUGCUUGUUUUUUUUCUUUCGUGUUUUUUAAACUUUCACUCGUGCUUGCUCUAAACACAUUUAUUUAUAUUGUAUAUAUAUUUUUAUAACAAAAAAGUAUCAAGAUAAAAUGUAUGACAUUUUGAAGAUUUAUUGACGUCAAAAGUUCCCCUUUUUGAGAAUAUAUUUAUGUCUAUACAUCUAUGAAGUUCCAAUCAUCUACCCUUCUCCUGUGUAAAAAAUAUAGUUGGCAAUAUUUCAUAAUUCCACUGAAAUUCGAUGUAUUGCAUUCCGAUUUCCCUCCUUUCCAUUCCGAUUUACCACUUUGCAUUCCAAAUUACCCCUUUGCAUUCCAAAUUAACCCGUUGCAUUCUGAUUUUUCCUCGCAAUUAGUAGCAUGUUGAGAUUGGCAUUUUUAAAUUUCAUUAGUGUAAGAGAAAAGCUUUUUAAAUUUUGUAAUGCAAGAUUUGAUAGUUCGUGUAGGAUGUUUUAUGUGUUAAUGUUGUGGUUUGAAUGUUGUAGCUUUGAUUAUUUGUGUAUUUUUGCAAAUCUGGAAAGAAAACGUAUUACAAGUUGCUACUGAAGAAACUGACUAGUUUUUAACUUAAAAUUGAAAUUCAGUUGUUUUUGUUAAAUAUUUCUUCUUAUUGUUAUUAUUUUGUAUAUAUCACAGCAAAGCUUUUUUAAAUAUGUUAUAACAUCGCCAA